CAUUAUCCUAACACAAAACCAAAUACAACAACAUUAUCCUAACACAAAACCAAAUACUACAAUACAACAUUAUCCUAACACAAAACCAAAUACAACAACAUUAUCCUAACACAAAACCAAACACUAUAACAACAUUAUCCUAACACAAAACCAAACACUACAAUACAACAACAUUAUCCUAACACAAAACCAAACACUACAAUACAACAACAUUAUCCUAACACAAAACCAAACACUACAAUACAACAACAUUAUCCUAACACAAAACCAAAUACAACAACAUUAUCCUAACACAAACCCAAAUACUAUAACACAUUACCCCAACACAAAACCAAACACUACAAUACAACAACAUUAUCCCAACACAAAACCAAAUCAACUAUCACAGCACAAAAACAAUUAUGACAAUUAUGCUGUUUAAAAAACCCUGUUAUUAUAGUCUAAAUUCCGUGUUGUUUUCAGACAUGUUUAUAUGUUUUUAUAUUUUGCUUUGUGUUCUCGUGAUCAGAACGCAGUACGAUUCCAAGGGCGCUGGCAACCCAGUCAUGCACGCUCGCGCGCUUCGGUGGUGAAAACUAUUUCACGCGCGUCGCUGAGUGACGACUUGACUAGCCGCGUUAGCCUUUUUCGCUAAAGUGAACACACAGUAAACGGUCCAACUACAGCCGGUGGAAUGGUUAUAACACACAGAACAACCCAACAGCUGUGAAUAUGUCCGCGUGGAUAUGCUGUAAUUCGUGCUUUAAGUCUCCAGGACCGGACGUCCACCUGGCUCUGACAAAUUGUGGCCAUAUUUUCUGCAACAUAUGCUUUCGAAAAGGAAAAGAAGGCGAGUGUCUGAUCUGCAAAGCGAAAUGUCAGCUGUCUCUACUCUCAGACAAAAGCAGCUCAGAGGUCAGAGCACUCUUCUCAGAUAUCAGCACUACUGCCAUCAAAUACCUCUCAGAGAUAAGCAAGGUCUUGCAGUUCCAGGCAAGACACCAGAAACGGUUACUAUCUCACUACCAACACAAGAGCGAAAAAAUGAAGGAGACUCUAAUCAAAAUGCACCAAGAGAUGAAACAAAUGUCGAAAAAAAUUACCGAGCAGAAGGCCUACAUAUCAAAGUUAGAAGUAGCUCUUCAGCAGCAAAGUUCCAGAGUGGGAUUACAGUCUAACAGGGAUUUGCAUGCCUCCGGUCGUUUCAAACCAGGAUACUCAUCUUCUCCAACUUCAUCAGCGCCCUCAGUGACAAAAAUCCCCUACUCGUCUCCAGUGUGUCUGUCCCGCCACGCAUCCAGGACAAGCCUAACUGAAAACAUGGACAUCAACAGCAGGGCUUUUUCCAGUAAACCCUCAAUGCCUGGAAGCGUUUCCAGACUUUGUCUCAUCAGCCCACCACAAGAUGGCCGGAUAGCCUCGUGUAUAUAUUGCAGGAAAAGAAAGAAGGGUGCAAGCAAUGGGAAAUUAAGUUCUAAAUCUUCUUCUCUAGGUACCAUUCACCACAGAACACCAAGUCAGAGCACUAUGGGUAGCCACUCAAUACAAAGUGCCGAUGUCAGUAGAGUGCUUUCCAGUAGCCUGAAGGAACCCACGUUGGCGUCCUCCAAUAACACACUGUAUCGCAGAGCAACGCCAUGGGAAACGCCCGUAUUCAAAACGCCCCCAGCUUACAAAUACCCCUCCAUGUCCUCUCUGGGACCUCGGCCCUGACAUAUUAUAGCGACGAUCUUAAAAUAUCACAAGUGACUACAGAACAAGGGGGCUAUUCUUGUACAGCUUUACUAUGAUGCUUCCCUGGAAACACAACAGAUUAAACUGAAGACAAGUUCUUGUGUUCAACCAUCUGCAGAAGGACAAGAAUAUACAUAUGCAUGCCUACGCAUAACAACUGUAGCAAUUUGUAGCUUCCCCUUUGCUCACACCACAAUAGUUUCAUAUUAGCCAAGGCUUCAGGGUAUGAUAUAAUAGACUUUAUGGGUUUUUUCUUCCCUUAAAUGUCUGUGUUCGCAGUAAUCAAUCACAGACGUGGCAUGAGCGGGCUGUGAAUGUGGAUUUUAAUAUGAUGUAGUGUGAUUCAUUGCACGUCAGCCGCACCUGUGAAUCUGCACGGAGAGAGCGUUUUAUUCUCCAAACUCAUAAAUACCAUAUCACUGAAUCGUUUGAACCCUGUCGCGCGUUGACGAUCCGGCAUAUUAAAGUGAUUGCUUUGAUUCAGACAUGCUUUUAUUUAGUUAUUUAUUUAUUCAUUCAUUCAUUCAUUGGCGUGCGGCGUAAACGAACGCGAAAA